AAAAAACAAACAAACAAGUGGAUCAAACAUCUCACUGUCUGCAGCUGUCUCCCCCUAGGCGCUAAUCCAUACACAUACAACCUCGCCGCGGUUCGUACUUACGUUAAGCCUUUCCAAAGAUGCCGCCUGCAUAGCGUGGCUGACCCACAAACGUCCAUAAUCCAAAGAUGCCGAUCGAGUUCACGCAUCAGACUAUUCGUCAAACAUGUCCAGAUGAAGACAGGGUUCCCAGUAAUUGUACAAGUAUUGUGCACAAAGCAAGCAGCUGAUCGACAACCCUUCCCAAUUAGUCACCACUCUUCUCCACAUCCAGUUUAAUUUCGAGCGCCGGCUCGAUCGCCCGCCAUGGCCGCACCCGCGCCCCAUGUGCUGGCCUUGCCCUUCCCCGCGCAAGGCCAUGUCAUCCCUCUCAUGGAGCUGUCCCACAGCCUUGUGGAGCACGGCAUCAAGGUCACCUUCGUCAACACCCAGCACAACCACCACCUCAUCCUUGCCUCCCUCCACGUCUCCAAGCCCGACUCUCAAGACGGAAUUACCAGCCUCGGAGGGGUCGACAUGGUCUGCAUACCGGACGGGCUGGCCGACGGCGAGGACAGGAAGGACCUCGCGCGGCUCGCCAAGUCCUUCUCGGAGGUCAUGCCCGGCGAGCUGGAGAAGCUGAUCGCAAGGCUGUCCGAAUCGGCCGGUGCAUGCAACUGCAAGCUGACGUGGAUCAUCGCCGACGCGAGCAUGGCGUGGGUGUUUCCCGUGGCCAAGAGGCUCGGCCUCCGGGUCGCCGCCUUCAACCCGCUGUCGGUGGCCAUGUUCGCCACGAGGAUCCGCAUCCCCGAGCUGAUAAGGGACGGGGUGGUGGACGAGAAAGGCCUGCCGAAGCAGCGCGGCACGUUUCGGCUGGCUCCGGGGAUGCCGCCCAUGGACACCACGGAGCUCUCGUGGAACCGCGCCGGCGGCCCCGAGGGCCAGCCGUUCAUAUUGGACUUCAUCCUCCGGAACAACGCGGCCACCCGCCUCGCCGAGGCGGUCGUCACCAACUCCGUCCAAGAGCUCGAGCCGGGAGCCAUGGCGCUCUUCCCCGACGUCCUCACCGUGGGCCCGCUCCUCUCCGACAAGCCGGUCGCCAGCUUCUGGGCCGAGGACGCCACCUGCGCGGCGUGGCUCGACGCGCAGCCGGCCGGCUCCGUCGUGUACGUGGCGUUCGGCAGCUUCGCCAUCUUCGACCGGGCGCAGCUCGUGGAGCUGGCGGAGGCGCUGGCGCUGACCUCCCGGCCCUUCCUGUGGGCGGUGAGGCCGGACUCGGCGAGCGAGGAGUGGGUCGAGGACCUCCGCCGCCGCGCCGGGCCGCGCGGCCGCGUGGUGGGCUGGUGCCCGCAGCAGCUGGUGCUGGCGCACGCGUCCACGGCGUGCUUCCUGUCGCACUGCGGGUGGAACUCGACGCUGGAAGGGCUGGUCAACGGCCUGCCGUUCCUGUGCUGGCCCUACUUCACGGACCAGUUCCUCGACCGGGGCUACAUCUGCGACGUGUGGCGGACGGGGCUGCAGGUGGCCGCCGGCGAGACGACGGGGACGCUCGUGGGAAGAGAGGCGAUACGGGGCAAGGUGGAGGAGCUGCUGGGCGACGCGGAGAUCAAGGCCAGGGCGCUCGCGCUGAGGGACGUUGCUCGCGGCGCCGUCGCAGACGGCGGGUCGUCGUCGCGCCGGAAUCUCGCACGGGUCGUCGACCUCGUCCGAGGAUCAACGAGCUAGCUACUCCCUAGAACGCCAAUAAUGUGAUGUGCCAUGUCUGACGGAGCGAUGACAAUGACAUCGUGCAAACUCAAACUUCAAAAUUUCUUGAACUUCAAACUGUGGCUAGCGAUGCAUGUCAUUUACCAUCCAUCGUCACCGUGUACUUUAUUUCGACGAGAGUUUAA